CUUUUCAACCCGUACCUAGGCAUCACCUCGAGAUUGACAUGCCUUAUGCGAGGAGGUGGACAACGGGUUUUGACUGGGAUGUGGAUACGCACCACAGUAUUCUUCCAUUCCGAGACCAGCUUGAUCACAUGACAGACAAUGCGGUAAAACUAUUUAACUUUACAUUAUUAAUUUAAUUAAACGUCUUUUCUACUUGGUGAUCACUGAUUUGUAUUUAUAUGUUAUGCAACUAUUUAUAUGGACGCCGUACGCUGCUAUAUUAGAUGGUUUGCCGGCCUUUUGCAGGGCAGGUCAGGGGGUUUGGAGGUCGCGGUGUCCAUUGAUACACCUGGACAUCGUAGAGGACCGCAUGCCCGAGCGUGUCUUACGACAGUUUGGGCAUACACAGAGUAUACCCCCUGACGUCUGUCAUGAGCUCCGACACUACCAGCGGGAUGAUCGGGCUGCCGUUGAUGAUGAUUUUUUGGCUUUCAUGGAUGUCCAGCUCUACCGUUGGGAGAACAGGUUGGGCACUUUAGCAGUGGUCAGCCAUUUGACUCCCAUUGAGGAUUACAUGCACUGGUAUCAUCAGAUCACACGCCGAUUGAUCGGCAACCCAGCUUUGCAUCCCCCUAGGGAUGUAGGAUACUCAGCACUCGCGGGGCAGUACGAGGCAUUGCUGGUGGCCGUACAACGUUUACGCAUCUUGAGGUUAGAGCAUAUGCUUUACCCUGGGCUUGCGGGGCUUGCGUCGGAGAUGGUACGGAUAUCUGAGGAUGGUAUCCGGCAGGCAGGAGAGAUUAGGCGCAUGGAGGAGCUUGUUCCGGAGGCUGAGUAUCAGGCAGCGUCAGUAGGAGGAGCGGGUGCUCCCAGAGGAGGAGGUCGUGCUGGCAGAGGAUGCCGUGCUGCCGGAGGACGCCGUGCAUGUAGAGGAUGCGGUGCUGCUGCUAGAGGACCUGGUGGUGGAGGACACCAUCUGGUAGAUGAGGCAGAUGAGGUCGAUCCCAUUCCAGAGGGCGUUCCUGGUGUAGUCCAUCCGCAGCCGUUCCAGGCCGGUGGCAGCUCACCUGGGGACUCACCUACGUUUACGCCGACGCUCUUACUUGCUGAGAUACCUGGGUCUUCGUCACAACCGAGUCAGAAUGCAUACAUGGAGGAGCGUGAUAACGUUGAUUGGGCGACAUUACGCGCUUCAUUAGCUGAUGAACGGCCUGUGAGGAAUUUAGAGGGAGCCAGGAUUGUUGACUUCGAUGAGUUUUUGAUCCCGAUUAGUAUUUAAAAUACUUAUUUUUCAUUUAAAUUAUUUAUUUUAAAUAUAUAUGUUACUCAUUAUUUAGCAAUAUUUUAUAUUUUAGGAUUCGGCACCAGCGGGUCCACCAGAGCCACCCACUCAGGCGUUUUUUCAUGGGUCUGCCGAGCUAGCGGUGUCUUCCCAUGUGACUGUCGAGCCACAGGAUUCGGAUCCAGUAGGUCCACAGGAGCGACCCAUUUAGGAGCAUUCUCAUCAGCCUGUCGAGGCAGAGGUGUCUUCUCAUGAGACUACCGAGGCACAUGUUCAUCCUUCGGCGCCUGCAUGGCGACUCCCGACGAGGAAGAGUUCGAAUUUCCAGACCCAGGUCAUGAUGAGGUUCUGCCCGUGCUAGCGGGAUCAGAUCCCAAGAAGAAGCACAUUCUAAUCAAGGGCGCACGGGCUAGGGGAAAAGGAAAUGAUCAUGACUUGGAGCGCCCGAUUAUUAAGAGGAAAAUGGGCGAUGGAGACGAUGGCGAGGGCGGUGGGGAUGGU